CAGUAUUGCCCAUCCCUAGUCGUCUUGGAGAAGGUGCUGGUAGCCCUCUUGAACCUCAGGGAAACUGUUGCUGAUUUUUAGAUAGCCUCUGUUCUUCAGGGCGAACACAUACUACUAACUCUUCAGCUUCUCAUCAAACGUUGAAUUCUUUUACAGGAUAGCGCUCCCUGCCUGCACACGGCUACAAUCUGGAGAGAGUUUUUGUGAUAGUCUGUCAGUAAAUUACCGGAGACGGGCUGAGACUGUUCAUGCACAGUGCCCUGAAGUUAUAGGUGGCUAUAGCAGCAGCCAGAAUAUUGUUGCAGCGUUAGAUUAAACACGGUAAAUACAACACAGAUUUUUGUUUUGGGUAGGGAGAGGGCAAUAACGUUGUCGCCGCUUGCACAUUGUGUUUCGUGGCAUUUAGCACAACAAAUGCAUCGGGAGAGAAUGACCCAGUUAGAGGGAGGACCCUAAAGAUGGCAGCGAGCAGAACUGAUCUGUUUCCAAAGGUGAUGGCUCUACCAUUCAUUGUUCUCAUCUUGAGGUUUUGCAACACUCAAGCAGCUGGCAAAGGUGUGACUGUUAGUUUAGAUGCAAAGUGGCCAUCAACACCUUUAUUGUUGGAGACAAGUGAGUUUGUGGCAGAAGAAGAUGAUGAAAAGUUCUGGCAAUUUAUUGACACCGUGAAGGAAAUAACCUACAUUCAGGGAGAUUCUGAACGCAGUUAUUAUGACCUAAUUCUGAAGAAAGCUGGUCAAUUCUUGUCGGAACUGAAACUCAAUCUUCUGAAGUUUGCCCUCUCGCUGAGAGCAUAUUCUCCAGCGGUUCAAAUGUUUCAGCAGACUGCAACUGAUGAACCACCACCAAAAGGCUGCAGUAGUUUUGUAGCUGUCCAUGGGGAGCACACCUGCAAUACCAACGAAGUCAAGAAACUCCUCAAAAGAGCAGCUAAUAGGCCCAAGCCAUACUUGUUUAAAGGGGACCAUAUAUUUCCAACCAAGAAUUCUGAAGCUCCGGUUGCAAUUUUGUAUGCUGAAAUUGGAACUAAAGAAUUUUCAAAAUUCCACAAGGUUCUGUCCGAGAAAGCCAGCAAAGGAGCACUUAUUUAUGUUUUGCGGCAUUAUGUCCAGAAAACCAGUUUGAAGAAAGUCCAUCUUUCAGGAUAUGGUGUUGAACUUGCUAUUAAAAGUACAGAAUACAAAGCAGUAGAUGACACUCAUUUUGAAGGUACGAAUAAUACUGUGCUGGAAGAUGAUGAUGACAUUGAUGAAGUUCAGGGGUUCCAUUUUAGAAAAUUGAAGCAGCUAUAUCCUGAUUUAACAGGCCAGCUGAAAGAAUUAAGAAAACAUCUUAUUGAAAGCACAAAUGACAUGGCUCCGCUGAAAGUGUGGGAACUUCAAGAUCUAAGUUUUCAAGCAGCAGCUCGCAUUCUCUCUGCUCCUGUUUAUGAUGCUUUGAAGUUAAUGAGAGACUUUAGUCAGAACUUACCAACAAAAGCCAGGUCACUGACAAGAAUAGCAGUAAACCAGGGAAUACGAGAUGAAAUUGAGGCAAAUCAAAAGUUUCUUGCAGAAACUUUAGGAUUUCAACCUGGAGAUUCAGCAUUGUUUUUAAAUGGGAUGCGUAUUGAUCUGGAUACUCAUAGUCCAUUCAGUAUUCUAGAUAUCCUCAAACAGGAAGGCAAAGUUAUGGAUGGUCUUUAUAACCUUGGGAUCCAAGACAAAGAUCUAAGCAAACUUCUGAGUCUGAAUGUUCAUCCGAUGGAGGAAAGCCCGGCACUUGAUAUCCGACACUCUGCUAUAAUUUGGAUAACUGACCUGGAAAGAGACCAGAAGUACCGUUCUUGGCCAUCAAAUUAUCAAGAGUUAUUGCGGCCAACCUUCCCAGGUGUGAUACGGCAAAUUAGGCGCAACUUUUUCAAUUUGGUCAUGUUUAUUGAUCCUGCCCAGGAAGAAGCAGUUCAAUUGAUAAAACUGGCUGAGUUAUUCUAUCAACACAAUAUUCCUCUCAGAAUUGGUUUCAUUUUUGUUGUGAAUGCUGAUGAAGAGAUUGAUGGCAAUCUAGAUGCAGGCGUUGCUCUUCUGAGAGUCUUUAAUUUCAUAGCCGAAGAUUCUGAACUUUCGCAUGCCUUUUCUUCAAUAGUGGCAAUAUUCAAUCAAGUUCAAGAUGGGGAAUCACUUACUGUGGACAAUGUGGUCAGUUUUAUGAAAAAGAAGUAUCCACGAGUUGAUGUUCAGAAUAUCUUGGGUGUUGAUUCUGAGUUUGAUGACCAAAGGAAGGCAGGAGCAAGCUAUUAUAAAACCACUGGCUUGGGUUCACUACCACAGGCUGUCUUUAAUGGCAUUCACUUUAACAUAGAUGACUUGGACUCUGAAGAGCUGGAAACUAUUAUCCUUCAAAAGAUAAUGGAUGCUGCAGGGUUUUUUCAGAAGGCAGUGUUCAUGGGUCAGUUAAAUGAACACAUAGAUGUGGUCGAUUUCCUAAUGGAUCAGCCUAAUGUUGUCCACCGAAUCAAUCCUGUAAUUCUGAAUGCUGAAAGGAAGUAUCUUGAUCUUACAUCUAAGGCAGAUUUGAGCGACUGGAAUGACUUUACUACAUAUUCCUUCCUUGAUGUCCGAGACAAAAGCGCAGUCAUUGCUGAUCAGAUGAAAUACCUCACUAGAAAAGAUGAGGAUAUCAUUUAUGCAGUGACCAUCUGGAUUAUUGCUGAUUUUGACAAAUUAUCUGGGAGAAGAUUACUGCUUAAUACAAUUAAACACAUGAAAGUAAGCAGCAACAUUCGAAUUGGAGUCAUAAGUAAUCAUGCAGCUGAAAUAACAGAAAAUACAACUCCUAUUUCCAAAGCAAUCUGGGCAGUGCUUCUGACACAGAAUGGGAAUAUCGCAAGGAACUACAUAACUAAGCUGCUCAGCGAAGAAACUGCGGAUGCACUUGUGUCAGGAGCAAAAAUUAUGGAAUUUGCUGUUAAAGGAAUGGAUAAUGAUGCCUUUGAGAAGAAAUACAACACCAUAGGAGUCAACUUCCUUCGCACCCACCGAUUGUUCUGUCAAGAUGUUCUGAAGCUGUUACCUGGUCAGGAGGCAGUUGUUAGCAAUGGUCGGAUCCUGGGUGCUUUCAAUGCAAAUGAGACAUUUCAUCCUGAAGACUUCAGCCUCCUGGAAAGGAUCACCCUCAGUACAUCAUCGGAGAAGAUUAAAGCUCACAUCAAACGGAUGGGUUUGCAUUCUAAGAGUGGAAGUGAUUUGCUCAUGAAGGUAGAUGCACUUUUAUCAUCAAUGCCAAAAAUGGAAUCUCGGAAAGAUGUCAAGUUUCCUCAAGAUCAGUUGAGUGUAGUAAAAAUAAAACCUCAAGAUGGAGUCUUUUAUGAAGUGGUGGUCAUUCUUGAUCCACUAAGCAGAGAGGCACAAAGGAUGGCCCCAUUGCUAAUGGUCUUGCAUCAGGUGGUCAAUAUGAAGCUGAAAGUGUUCAUGAACUGCAGACCCAAACUCUCGGAAUUGCCUUUGAAAAGCUUUUACCGUUAUGUGCUCGAGCCGAGAUUGGUCUUCACAGCUGAUAACAAUUUGUCAGCAGGACCCAUAGCCAAAUUUCUCGAAAUGCCAGAAGUACCCUUGUUUACUCUGAACAUGAUUACACCGGAGAGUUGGUUAGUAGAAUCAGUACGUAGCCCAUAUGACUUGGACAACAUUCAUUUAGAAGAUGUUGAAGGAAUCGUGUCAGCAGAGUAUGAACUAGAGUACAUACUGCUUGAAGGGCAUUGCUUUGAUGUGACCAUGGGUCAACCUCCCAGAGGAUUACAAUUCACCCUGGGAAUGAAGCAUAACCCAGUUAUGGUGGACACUAUAGUGAUGGCUAACCUGGGUUACUUUCAGCUAAAAGCAAAUCCAGGCACUUGGUUGCUUCGAUUACGCAAAGGGAGAUCUAGCAAUAUCUACCAGAUAUUUAUGCAUGAAGGCACAGAUUCUCCCGAUGAUGCAGAUGAUGUUGCUGUAGUACUGAACAGUUUCAAAAGCAAAAUCCUCAAAGUUCAGGUGAACAAAAAGCCCGAUAAAAUAAAUGAAGAUUUGCUCAGCGAUGUGGACACAGAAGACAAGGGGAUCUGGGAGUCAAUCACAAGCUUUGCAGAAGGUUUCCGGUCUGAACAGAAAGAUGAUGUCCUAAACAUUUUCUCUGUUGCAUCAGGACAUCUUUAUGAGCGAUUUUUGAGAAUUAUGAUGCUUUCUGUGUUAAAACACACGAAAUCAACUGUCAAGUUCUGGUUUUUGAAGAAUUACCUAUCUCCUACUUUCAAAGAGUUCAUUCCAGAAAUGGCGAAUGAAUAUGGAUUCCAGUAUGAACUGGUACAGUACAAGUGGCCGAGGUGGCUCCAUCAGCAAACAGAGAAGCAGAGAAUUAUUUGGGGCUACAAGAUCCUGUUUCUUGAUGUCCUCUUCCCAUUAGCUGUUAACAAAAUUAUCUUUGUUGAUGCUGACCAGAUUGUGAGAACUGAUUUAAAAGAACUGGAGGAGUUGGAUCUAGAAGGUGCACCCUAUGGAUACACACCAUUCUGUGACAGUCGUAAAGAAAUGGAUGGUUACCGCUUCUGGAACUCAGGAUACUGGGCCUCACAUUUGGGAGGCAGAAAAUACCACAUAAGUGCUUUAUAUGUUGUGGAUUUAAAAAGGUUCAGAAAAAUAGCAGCAGGUGAUCGCCUUCGAGGUCAGUACCAAGCACUCAGUCAGGAUCCCAACAGCCUGUCCAAUCUGGAUCAGGACCUGCCCAAUAACAUGAUCCAUCAAGUGGCCAUCAAAUCCCUACCACAGGAAUGGCUUUGGUGUGAAACAUGGUGUAGUGAGGAGUCCAAAAAGAUUGCUAAAACAAUAGACCUGUGCAACAACCCUAGGACUAAAGAACCUAAGCUAAAAGCUGCUAUGCGAAUUGUUCCAGAGUGGAAUGAUUAUGAUAAUGAAAUAAAAAUGUUAUUAAAAAGAGUGGAGGGACAGAGAAGGAAUAGCCAUACAAAAUCAAAAUCCCAGUCUCAAGCUCCUGGACGAGAUGAACUCUAGCAAGUCUCUGAAAUUGUGUUGCACACUAAAUAAGUAAGAACUAUAGUUAGAACAAAACAUGUUACUUCUGUCAUAUAUAUUACUUGAGAACUUUGAUUAUGCAUAAGAGUGUACAGUGUACAUGCAAUAACAUGAUAGUUGUGUGUACUUUGAGGUAAAAAUUCCUGUUAUAUUUGUUUUUUAUAAAUUGGAAACAGCCUAAGCAUUUGCUGUGAAAUUCACAUGUCUGGUGUGUAGUCAUGGUCAAAGCUGAUAGCAGACAGCCUAAUUCCAAAAAAACAAUUAUCAGUAUUAUAAUCAUCAUUCAUUAAACUACUUGAAUUGUAAAGGUAUUCACAAAAAUUAUUUCUGACUUAUAUAUAAUUCAUAGUGUCAUUGUUUACAAAAGAAACCAAUAAUAUCAAACAAUAUGCUUUGCUUUCAACUUUGGCCUUUACUUCCUGAAAUGUACUCCUGAUGAAAUUUCAAAUAUUGGCUUUGAACCUCAACAUGGAUUAUCGUGUAUCAUGGCUUUGUCUUUGAAAAGUCAGGAUUCAUGUGUAACAAUAGAAUGAAAAGUAAAAAGUCGACUGUUCUAUGCUAUUGAGCAACUUUGUGGUGUUGUACACCAUUGUCAGAUAGAAAUUAUCAAUGCACAUACAAAUCCAUGUACAUCGAUUUCACAUCUCCAUUAACCUCUACUAUGACAUGUUGAAACUUCUGGAACAUUUAAAAUUAGGACACAAAAAUAGAAGCCUUUGUUUACUCAUUAGUAAACUUAAACUGUCAGGAAUAUCAACGUUCUCUGUUUCCAAUGUUCAUUUCUUGGACUAUCAGGCCAGGGCUCCCCAUUUACAUGAUGCAUUUCAAUUAAAUAGUCCAGUCUCGUGAGCAUUAAUGGAUUGAAUUAACACCAACAUUAGUGUGACAACAGUUAACAAAAAUCAAGAUUAUGUACAUACUAAAAGAUUUAUUUUCCCAGGAAAUUGUGGAAGAGUGUCUUUAGAUGUACUGUAAACUUUGUUUUAACUGGCACUCUCGAUAAACUGGCAAAAAUAAAAUACCUCAAUUACUGGAAGUUUACUAUAUUAUCACAACCUCCACUAUGUCCAUGUAGUCAUUUGACGAUGUGAGUGAGAAGGCUCUAUGCCCUUAAGUUAUAUUUAAGGCAAAGUUGCACUUUUAUUUCAGUGAUUUAUACUGUAACAAAAAUAUAAUGAUGAUGUGUAUACCCCUGCAUUGUUUCUAUUAUUUAGCGUGUGCUUUUACAUGAGGUGGACCUCUUGAUCAACUGGUACACUCCGGGUCACUUAUCUGCUAGUUAAUUUGCUAAUGCAGGGCUUCCCAAAGUGGGGCUAGGUGAUGUUGCAAGCUAAAAUUUUGAUAUCAUGCACUAUAAGGCAACCAUGACACAUACUAAAUGUCAAAAUAGGAUCACAUUGGGGGAAAUAGUGGCUUUGUUUAAACAUGCAACAGGAAUGUCAUUCAGGCUGAAGCUCGUUGCCAUAACUUUGGCAGAAUUUUUAUUGACAGUCCUGUUUUUUUAAUAGGCCAAAGUUACAGUGUUGCGGCAGGGAAAGCCUUAAGGAGAUUCAUCUUUGUGACUAAAAGUCAACAUUUAAAAGCUACAUGAUACCCAUAAUGAGCUAUUUAGCACUGUUCCAUUUAUUUCCUUUAAACUAUAUACUAUUUUAGUAUGCCUACAUGACAAGAGAAUCCAGAAAAAAGCUUUACACUUCAAAAUAUAAAUUGUGCAAAUUCGUUUUUGGUUCACUCCAGUAUCUGUUAAUUUCUCAUUACAUGAUAUGCCUUUAAAUGCUGUCCAUAACAGUAUGUUCAUUCCUUUCAAAGGUGUGGAAAACAGGAGGGUUUGUGACUAACUAUGUAUUUCCAUUUGGUAGCUAUUAAUAUGUUUUUGGAGUUUGCAUGAAUGCUGAAUACGUUUAACUUUUCUUUUGCUCCAAUUGUACAACAACACGGUUUUUGUUUUGCUCCUGGCUGUGAGCAUUGACUUCAGGGACUGACCAAAUGGUCUCCUCUUUUCUGCAAAGGAGGGAAUGUAAAGAAAAUAAUCAAGUUGGUUCUUCAUUAUCAUGGAAUCAUAUACCAUUUGGACCACUUUCCUGAUAUAGUCUUCAGCUGAAUCAUUGGACAAGUAUUUACUGGACUGGACUUUCCAAACAGCUGGCAAAAGACUUCAAACUUUACUGAGUUUUAACUCUGCAGUAUAUUUAUUUUAAACAAUUUUUCUGUCUUUUUUCACUGCUCCUGAGAUGAGUAAUAUAUCUACACUUGAUUUCCCAAGAGUGUAAAGUAGGAUUAUUAUUUGUUGGCAUACCUGAGGAAACAAAUAUCUGAAAAUUGAUGGAAGAGAAUUACAAAGAAAACUUAGUUUGCAUUUGUACAAAAUUAAUUGGACAACUGCAGAAAAUGCAUUGUCACAUUACAUCAAUGUCUAAAUAUUGUAUUUUCUAUGUUAAGCCACAUUAUAUACCCCAUAGUCAGAUUUAUAUUGAAUCACCUGUCAAUUAAUGAAUAUGUAACUGGUCUGACAUCUCAGACAUCUGUUCCUACAUAAGUAGGCCAUUCAGCUCAUCGAAUGGGCCAUUCAAUGAGAUCAUGGUAGAUCUGAUAAUCCUCAACUCCACUCUCACAGAUUCACAACUCUCCGAAGAAAUUCCCCCUCAUCUCUGUCUUAAGUGGGCAACAAUUUAUUCUGAAAUUCUGUACUCCAGUCCUAGACUCUUCCACAAGGGGAAACAAUCUUUCUGUAUCGACACUGUCAAGUCCCCCAACAAUCUUCUUCCAUCUUUUGUUUCUUACCUUGACACUGAUGUUUCACUUAUUAAAGAUGAUUUCUUCGUUUUAUACUUAUUCCAUCACAUACCCAAGUGUUUCGUUCUCAGCUUUGGUCUUGCUGCACCUGUACAUUAGUCUUUAGUAAUUUAUCAACAAGGACACCUAGGUUCCUUUGUACAUGUACAAUUUACAACCUCUUACCAUUUAAAAAAUACUCUGCUGUUAAAUUUCCAUUAAUUCCUCUAGUACAUUGUUAUUAAUAGAAACACUAAUUUCCUUCAGUUCCCCAUUCUCCCUUGCCACUUAGGUCUCUAGUCCUAGGAGAUUUCUGGUAUUUUCCUCUAUAAUAACACAAAGUAGUUAUCUGACUACCAUCCCAUCACUGUAAAAAUAUUUAUUACCCUAAGAAUAAGGAUGGACUUAUGAAGACUCAAUAAACUAUACCCAACAAUCACUUUAGAGAUUGGUUUGGUCACUAUUUACAUUCGCCAAACAUCUGUUUUCCUUGCACUUAUGACGUUACACUACUACUGGUCUCGGUACAGAUAGUCCUCUCGAUCUGCACUUUACUUUCUUUCCUGCUCAAGUCUUGUUCUGGAGACUUCAUCUCUCAGAGUAAAUCUUAUUUAAAACACAUUACUAGCUCCUAUGCCUUAAUCCCCAAAAUUUUCAGUUUCUGUCUGUUUCUCUCUUUCUCAAUCUGAGAAUUUUUCCUUUGGCUUACUUACAUUUAAAAUUCAGGGUGAUGUGCUUACAUGGAUUACUAUUAUAUUCAUUACAUAUAGUUAGCUGGCUGAUAAUUUGACAGAGAAAACAAAAAAAUGUUGGAGAUCACAGUGGGUCAAGCAGCAUCCAUGGAGAGAAAGCAAGCUAACAAUUCAAAUCUAGAUGACUUCAUCAGAGCUGACAUUAAGUGUGAAGGGAGCAGCAUUUAUACAAUAGUCAGGAAUAGGGGAGGAGUUCUGGGGAAGAAAGGAUAUUGAUAGUUCAGGUUCUUGGAUCAUUGGGACACUUUUCUAGGUGACUUGUACAAGAGGGAGGAGCUGCACCUAAACUGGAGAGAUACCAAUAUCCUUGCAGGGAGAUUUGCUAGUGCUGCUCAGGAGGAUUCAAACUACAGUGGCAAGGGGCUGGGAACAAGAGCAGCAGAUCAGCCAUUGGAGAGAUGGAGGGGAAGGUGCAUGUUACAACUAGUAAAUCAGGAAAAUAAAGACUGGCAGAGACAGGUAAAUGAACAUGAUAGUACUAAUAGGCUGAAGUGUGUUUAUUUCAACACAGGGAGUAUUAUAAGUGAGGCAGAUGAGCUUAGAGCCUGGAUCAGCACAUAGGACUAUGAUGUUCUGGCCAUUACAGAGAUUUGGUUAAGAGAGAGAGAGACAGGAUUGGCUGCUGAACAUUCCAGGGUUUCGUUGUUUUAGACGAGUUAGAGAAGGUAAAACAGGUGGAGGAGUUGCAUUACUAAUCAGGGAGAAUGUUACAUCUGCACUCAGAGAGGACAUAUUGGAGGCUCAUCCACUGAGGCAAUAUUGGUAAAGCUUAAAAAUAAGAUGUGUGCAGUCAUUCCGAUUGGAUUACAGUAUAGGGCCCCCCAACAAUCAAUGAGAUAUUGAGGAGCAAACGGAUUGUGGAAAGAUACCAUAAAAACAGAGUUGUCAUAAUGGGUGACUUUAAUUUCUCCAAUAUUAACUGGGCUUCCCUUAGAGCAAGAGGCUUAGAUAGGGCAGAAUUUGUUAAGUACAUCCAAGAGGGUUUCUUGAAACAAUAUAUGGAUAGUCAAAGUAGAGGGGCAAUACUGGAACUUGUAUUCAUUAAUCAACCCAGCCAAGUGACGGAGCUUUCAGUGGCAGAGCAUUUUGGAAACAGUGAUCACAACUCAAAUUGUAAGAUAGCUAUGAAUAAGGAUAAGUCAGAACCCUGUGCCAGUAUAUAAAAUUGGGGACGGUAAAUUACAUUAGUAUUAAGCAGGAGUUAGGGAGUGUUAAAUAGGAGGAACAGUUAUCAGAUGAGUCCACAUUUGACAUGUGGGAAUUGUUUAAAGACCUGCUGAUGAGAGUUCAGGACUGGCAUGUUCCAGUAAGGAGCAAGGAUAAGAAUGGCAAGGUAAGGGACCCUUGGAUAACAAGGGAGGUUGGGAGUUUAGUCAAAAGGGAUAAAACAGCAUACGUAAGGUUCAGAAAGCUAAAAUUGGACAGGGCCCAUGAGGAACAUAAAGAAAGCAGGAAAGAACUCAAGCAGGGAAUUAGGAGAACAAGAAGGGGCCAUGAAAUAACCUUGGCAGAUAGGGUUAAAGGGAAUCCCAAGAUAUUCUGUACAUACAUUAAAAACAAGAGGAUAACUAGUGUUACGAAGGGGAGGUCGACUCUUCUUUGAUAAUUAAAACUGAAACAUCCAGAGAAGAUCGCCUCACCUCAUAAUCUGAAUAAAAAAGUUGUGACAUGGGUAUAAUCUGCCUCUCAACUCCCAAUCUAUUAUAAAGAGGUGGUUAAAUGAAAUGAAAUCCUUUCACUCACUCUACAAUUAACAACUAGCUAUUUAUUUAUUCAAUUCUAACUGUAAACAAUUCAACAUAAUUACUAUCAAACAGAAUAAAUCUCUUCUAACUGCUUCCUAUUCCCUUACUGAACUACAUUUUAAUAGAUAUGCUAUUUCAAUAACAUAGGUCCCACUUAUAUAAAUCCAAUUAAUAAGAAUAAAUUAAAACUUAAUCUCUCCAAGUUCGCACAGUCUGUGUCUUCUCUGCUUUAUCUCCAAUCUUCCUUCUGCUGAUUUGAUGUCACAGAUGUCUUUCUUCUGAUGAUUCUUCUGUGAGGAUUUUGAGCUGAAAAUAAUGUGAUACCUUUGAUGGAACGUUUUAGAAAGCUUAAAGAUUUCUGUAAAAAGCCCAAUAUUUGUUCUUCAGAUAACAGUUGGCUCUGUGUUCAAAUAGCAGGUAGCUGUCUGCCGAUUUUCAAAAUUCCCGGUUGUAUAUAUCCCCCCAUGCCACAUUAGAAAGCUAAACAAAUUGUAAGAAUUUAAAGUAAAAACAACCCAUUUUAAAUUCAAUUGGUCCUGCAUCUACAAGUGUAUUUUUAAAUUAAUUCGCUGAAUUUAAACUGUUGUCUGAGUAAAAUGCUACUUGGAACUACUAAUUGAAAAGUC